AAAGACGUGGCAAAUGGGAUUCUGAAGGUAAAAAGGAAAAAAACUUAGGCAACUCGGUGAAGAAAUUAUUGAGAUUUGAGAUCAAUCAUCACAUAGAUUUCAAAGAUUUUCAAUGGCAGCCGAAGAAGGCAAAACGGCAGACGCACAGUUUUUCCACCUCCUUUCCAAUCUACUCCAUCAGGUAGAAGCAUUGACUAACCAGGAAGAAGUUGAACUGCGUUCGAAAAUCGAAGCCCUUGGAUUGGAGGUUACAAAAGUUCCUUCCAAGUCUACACACAGCCUUGAUGAGCUGGAAAUCGCGAGAGAGUUGGACAAGUUAUCGGCUAAGUUAGACGGUGUGGAUGAGAUGAUAUCCUCUGCCAUGGCAGCAGACCCGCAGGUGCGAUCCCUUUUGAGUGGCACUGCCGAUGUAUGGAUGCCGGUUAUUACUGCCAAUGCUGAUGAGCGACGCAAUUUGGCUGCAUCAAUCAGUACCGAUAACCCUCUUGGCAACAACGAAGACGACAACAAACCCGACAAUUGAUGUUUCACCGGUCAGUCACCUCCCCCAUACUUUGUUCUAAUACUAAUUUGUUUUCGGGUUUUUGGGGAUUUGUCGUAUGACUAGAAUAUACCAUUGCAUUAAUCGUUUUGUUUUGUCUAUUGGGGAACAGAAAGUAAGUUUCUUAUUCUGUUGUAUCCGUAGUUACAUUGGGUCUCAUUAUUUUAAACUCGAAUUGGGUUAGACGCAAGACGGAGAAAGCUCUUAUAAAGUGUUUAUUUUUACUUAUUCUCUAUCCACAAAACUCAAAACCGAUACCUUGUUUUAGAGGCUUCGAACUUCGAAAACAAUAGUGUUGCUCAUGUUGGAACUAAUGGCUGCUCUUCUUCUUCCUCUUGAUGCUGUUGAUGACGAUGAUGAUGAUGACCAGCUUCAUUGGUUUUUUUACCUCAUGGGGGAGAUGAUAAUCUGUUAGAUAUAGAGUAAGGGACUUGGUUUAUUAGUUUAAAUUUUAUUCCUUUCUUUUUGUUCCUAAUUAGUUUAAUUAAGGAUCAUCACACGUUGCUGCUGAUAUAUAACCUGGGAUAUGUUUUCUUUUUCGUUAUUUAAGAUCUAGAAAUAUGAAAAGGGAAAAUUUUUCCCAAGUCCUUAUCUCCUAA